ACAAUAAUUCGUGCAAUUGCAAGUUGUACAACAUGUCGUCCGUAGAAUUUGCUCUUUCUUCCCACGUUGCCAGUCAACUGGAAUGUGUAAUUUGUAUGGGAAAGUUGGUUGUGCCUAAACUUCUCACAUGUGGGCAUACAUUUUGUCUGGGAUGUCUGGACGAAAUCCUGGACGACAAUGAAUCUAGAAUCGUCUGUCCCUUGUGUCGUGAUGUGACCAUUGUUCCAUCAGAAGGAGUAGAUGGGCUGACUACAAAUUUUGCUCUGCAGAGCCUUCUGGAGUCACUCAACCUGAAUGCCGAUGAAGUGGAUGAACCAGAGGACGAGGAGAAUGAGAGCACUCCGAAAUCGAGCGAAGUAGAGGAUGGUGAGUUGACAAUGUGUGAGUUGCACAAGGAAAAAAUGAAGUUUUACUGCUCCACUUGUGAGCUUCUGAUUUGCCGUGACUGCACUGUGGUCGAUCACCCAAGACCUGACCACAAGUGUACCAAUCUUGAUGAGGCGUACACUUGGAGGCAGCAGAUCAAUCAGAAGGAGUUACAGCUCGCCAAGGGGCUGAUCAAGCUCACCAAGAAGUCAAGAGGGGUCCUUCUUGCCACAGUGGAGAAUCUAAAUCAACGCUGCGACCAGGUGAUUAACGAGAUAGAGGCGUGUCGCAAGGAGGGAAUGGAGAUGCUCAACAACAAAGAUGCCCUUAUCGAGGAGUAUCAGUGCAGUCUUGAAGAGCACACUCAAGACCUACGUGACCUGACCCAACAUGCUAAAGGUACCACCAAGAUCGACGUUCUGGAUCAAUCCAAAAGUCUCGUGGAAACAUUGUCAUCUUAUAGAGACAAACGACAUGUGAUGCUCGACACCCCGAGCAAGGUGCAGUACCCUAUGUUCGUCGGGGCUGAGGAGGAAGUUCAAGGCUGGCCAAGACCGAGUGGUCCCAGAAAAGGUAACGCUAAGCCAAAAAAUAAGAGAAAAUGUAGUCAAGGAAAAACAAGUGAAGCAGAAACUGACAGUACAAAAGGCCCAAAUCUCGCUUCGGGAGGUGGUAUGAAAGGCGGGAACGUACCCCAAGCCAUAUACCCCCCUCUACUGCUGAAUUAUAUGCAACAAACAUCGGUGCCUGGUGGAGUAUCUGGUGAGCCACAUAGAGGAGGAGGAGGAGGAGGAGGAGGAGGAAGAAGAGGAGGAAAGAGUCACAGAGGAGGUCAAGGUCACAGAGGUGGGAAUCAAGGUCAGGGAGGUCAAGGACAAAAGAGAGGAGGAGGUAGAGGUGGUCGUGGGGGUCAAGGUGGUGAAAAUCAAAGAGGGCGGGGAGGUCAAGCUGGGAAUAAAGGUCAUGGCAUUUGACACCAAAUCAAUCAAAUAUUUUGAAAGUGAAAAUGCCAAAUGUACAUAAUGCAUCGCAGAUAGUUUAUUGACUUAAGUCACCUGGAAGUGGUAUUUUUUCAAAAAAAAGCUUUUGUCACUAAUAUAUGUGAUUGAUGAGUGGAAUGUGA